AUCAUAAUUCUUAUAAUUACUAGUUUUAAUCACUUGUUCAAAAGUUUGGCUUAUGUAUAGUAUACUGAAACCCUUUAUAUUCUGUGUCGUUUAUGGCCCACUAUCGUUUGCUUGCUGGCUCAACUUGAUUAUGAGUUUUGGGUGAUCAAGAGCCAGUAGUUUGAAUAAUGGUUAAUACCCAGUUGGAUUUUUUUCAAUAUCUUGAUUUGAUUAGCUUUGGGUUGAUUCAGUUUCAGCAAUUCCAGUUGUUAUGCUUACCCUCUUUUUUUUUCCUUUUUUUUAUUUGGCUUUUCGCUUUCAUUGCUGAAAGACAUGGCUGUAGCAUGAUUUGAUCUCUAGGACUAUAUAGGAAUACGACUCUUGGGUUGUCCCCAUGAAAGUGACAAUUUGAUUUUCAGGGAAAAAAAUUGAAAUGGGAUUUGUUGAAAUUUCAAUUUUAUAAUGCUAGACAGUUCUUGUAUCAGAAAUUGGGACGUGUAGAGGACCAUUUAGUUUAUUCCUUUAUUGCAAGUUGGAGGUUGUGGAUGUGUGUUAAUGAUAUGUCCAUGCUUUUUUUGUGUCUUUUCUGUUUGGUCUGUAACAUGAAUCUUCCUUGUGUUUGGCAUCAGAAAACCAGCCAACCCUUGGAGCUUUUUGCCUCCUCCCUACUUUUCUUUUUCUUAAACUUUUAAUCUCUAAUCUAAACCUCUUAUUUAAAUACGUCUCCUGGGAAGCUGACAAUCUGGUGCGUGGACUUGCACUUUGAGAACUGCUAUAUAGUUUCUGAUAUUGCUUCUAUUCUGAACCUUUGAUCUUGAGCAAUGAGGGCCAGAAGAGGAAAGCGUUCUGAGGCCUUUUGGCCUUCCCUUGUUAUGAAGAAAUGGUUGAACAUAAAGCCCAAGGUUUAUGAUUUUAGUGAAGAUGAGUUUACUGAAACUGAGAGUGAAGAUGAUGCUUGUUCUCUUAAAGAUGAAAGAGUUAAUCUCUGUGAGGAUCUUGCUCAUAGGCCACAAGGGAACCAAUCUUCACUCCAGAGCGAAAUUUCAGAUGUACCUUCAAAGACCUCUUCACUAAGACACAGGCGAGGAAAAUCUGAAACUUUGCGUGUCCAGUACAUAAAUACUAAGGAUGUGAGAGUGACAGUAGGCACUUGGAAUGUUGCUGGAAGACUUCCACAUGAAGAUCUUGAGAUUGAUGAUUGGCUUUGUACUGAAGAACUAGCAGAUAUGUAUAUUAUUGGUUUCCAAGAGGUUGUACCUCUGAAUGCUGGAAAUGUACUGGGAGCAGAAAGUAGCAGACCAAUUCCAAAGUGGGAGUCAAUCAUCAGAAGGACUUUGAACAAAUCUUUACAACCUCAAAGCAAACAUAAAUGUUACAGUGCCCCGCCCUCUCCAGUACUAAGGACUUCUUCUGUUGCUGAUGAACUUGCAGAUGAGAUUGAUGCUCUGCCAUUGGAGGAGAUGCUGCAUAAUGAACAUGCAGAAAAAACCGCUGCUUUCAAUGACUUAAAAAGGCAUGAGUUGAGUACAGUAGUUGGCAAUGGAAAAGGUUUACAUUUCAAGAGAAUUUAUGGUAUUGAUUGUGACAGUAGAUUAGACUGGCCUGAAUAUUCACUAGAUGUAACCCCACAAGUUGUCUCUUCCAAUUCCAAGCUGCGGAGAGUAUGGAGCAGUUCUGCAAGGAUGGGCUUUAGUUUGGCAGAGAAUUCUUUAAUGUUUAGUCCUCAGAAUUUUGCAAUAAAUGGCAAUGGACUGAGAAGAUCUCACCGUAGUUCUGGGAACUUAGGCUCAAUGUGGGUAGAACAGCAAGAGAAGCAUGAAGUGCCUGAGGUUCCCGAUAUUCCCGAAAUUCCUGAAGUUCUUGAUUCUCUCUCUGAUGCAUCUGAUAAGUCAUCUGAUUCUGAAGAGGAAGAUAUUUUCCCAGAAGUACUACUGGGACAAAACAACAACGGAUUGAUCAUUGAUAAUGGGAAGUCGCGUCCCAAGUAUGUACGUAUUGUUAGCAAGCAAAUGGUUGGGAUAUAUGUAUCAAUUUGGGUGCGAAAGAGGUUGCGGAGACAUAUAAACAAUUUGAAGGUCUCUCCUGUUGGAGUUGGUCUUAUGGGCUACAUGGGAAACAAGGGAUCUGUUUCUGUCAGCAUGACCCUUUUCCAGUCAAGGCUGUGCUUUGUUUGUUCUCAUCUGACAUCAGGUCAGAAAGAUGGGGCUGAACAAAGGCGUAAUGCUGAUGUCUAUGAAAUUAUACGACGCACUCAAUUCUCAUCUGUCUUUGACAUGAAUCAACCGCAGAAUAUCCCAUCUCAUGAUCAGAUAUUCUGGUUUGGGGAUUUGAAUUAUCGUCUCAAUAUGUUGGACACAGAGGUAAGGAAACUUGUUGCUCUGAAGCAAUGGGAUGAACUUAUCAACAGUGAUCAGCUAAGCAAAGAACUCCGCAGUGGGCAUGUAUUUGAUGGAUGGAAAGAGGGAGUAAUAAACUUUGCCCCCACUUACAAAUACGAGAUAAACUCUGACAGAUACGUCGGAGUUUAUCCAAAAGAGGGGGAGAAGAGAAGAUCUCCGGCAUGGUGUGAUAGAAUACUUUGGCUAGGGAAAGGUAUAAAACAACUUUCUUACAAGAGGACAGAAUUAACGCUUUCAGAUCAUCGACCGGUCAGUUCAAUGUUUUUGGUUGAGGUUGAAGUUCUAGAUCACCGAAAGCUGCAAAAGGCACUCAAUGUCAACAGUGCAGCAGUACAUCCUGUGAUGUUCCUAGUUGAAGAUGAGAUUUAGCAGAUACUAGGGAAUUGCAGAUCACUUGCUAUCCUGAUAAUCUUAUUUGAUCAUAACUAAUAAGCCUUGACAUGCUGUCCUGAAACAACCAAUAAUAAGAGGCCAGUGUUUAAGAAACAUGAGAGGUUGCUUACAUUUUUCAGAUUGGAAGCAGGAACAAGAAGUCAUUUGUAAAAUCUUGAGCAAUACCACAUUUUCUUUUUCUUUGUUUUUUUUUCUAAUUUUACCCCAGCAGCAGAUAUAGCAGUGUGUUUGUGUUUUUUCUAUUAAUUAUUUUUUUGUGUGUUACCAAUGAAUGUACAGAGCUUAAAUGGUGGAUUUUCCUUUUCCUAGAGAACCUCAAAACAAUUAGGGUCAUGGAUCUUGUAUAUUAAACUAUGACUACUUGGACCUUUUGUCCUGUUUCUUCUCACAUAGAUUACCAGACACUUAUUUAGCAAA